GCUGGGGAUGCCUUUUGGGCUGUCUUCUGUCCCCUCCCCCGGUAUCCCUCCCACCAUCUCUUCCACCUGGCCAUCCAUAGCUCUUGGCCCACCCUGCCUCCUGUCCUUGUCCACCUGGGCACCCACCACAGGCACUGUCUCCCCAAACACGCCCCUCUGCCCGGCCUGUCCAUGCACCUGGGGGCCAGGGCCACUGGCUCCCCCAUCCUGACACCUCCUCCAGCUUCUGUGCUCCAGCCAUGUCCAGGCAUGCUGUCUGAACCCCUCUACAUGGUAGCCUUCCUUGGGGGUGACCAGGAGAAGAUCCUGGCCACUACAGAGCUGCUGGACACUUUGUCAGUCCAGCUGGCCAAGGCCAGGACAGCAGGUGUCUGCGGUGUCUGUGCCCUUCCUCCUAGGCUGACCCCUGCAUAUGUCCCACAGCUGUGGCUCAGCUUUGCACCCGUGGCUGACACCAUCGCCCAGCACUUCCUCCUGUCCACUGAGCAGGUCAACUGGCUCUCACUGGUCUACCUUGUGGUGUCCAUCCCAGCCGGCAUGGUGGCCAUCUGGGUUCUGGACUCAGUCGGGCUCCGCUGGGCGACUGUCCUGUGCGCGUGGCUGAACUUUGCCGGGAGUGUGCUCCGUACCCUGCCCUACAUAGUUACUGCGAUCCAUGAUCCGUUUGCCUGCCUCAUGGGUGGCCAGAGCCUCUGUGCCCUGGCCCAGACCCUGGUCAUCUUCUCUCCGGCCAAGCUGGCUGCUUUGUGGUUCCCCGAACACCAGCGAGCCACGGCCAACAUGAUCGGCACCAUGGCAAACCCCCUGGGCAUCCUGCUGGCCAAUGUGCUGUCACCUGCCCUGGUGAGGAAGGAGGAUGACAUCCCCAUAAUGCUGGGCAUCUUCAUCAUCCCUGCCGGCCUCGCCUGCCUGCUGGCCACCACAUGCCUCUGGGAGAGUGUGCCCCCCACCCCGCCCUCUGCUGGGGCCUCCCACUCCACCUCGGAGAAGUUCCUGGACGGGCUGAAGCUGCUGGUGAAAAACAAGGCCUAUGUCAUCCUGGCUGUGUGCUUCGGGGGCGGCAUCGGCAUCUUCUCCAGCUUCUCAGCUCUCCUGGAGCAGAUCCUCUGUGUGAACGGCUACUCCAACGAGUUUGCAGGCCUCUGUGGGGCUCUCUUCAUUGUGUUUGGGAUCCUGGGGGCUCUGGUGCUCGGCCUGUACGUGGACCGGACCAAGCAUUUCACAGAAGCCAUCAAGGUCGGCUUCUGUCUGACCUCUGUGGCCUGCGUGGCCUUUGCCCUGGUGUCCCAGCUGCGGGGACAGACUGUUGCGCUGGCUACCAUCUGCUCGCUGCUUGGGCUCUUCGGUUUCUCUGUGGCACCGGUUGCCACGGAGCUGGCUGUCGAGUGCUCCUUCCCCGUGGGUGAGGGCUCAGCCGCAGGCCUGGUCUUUGUGCUGGGGCAGGCCGAAGGUGUUCUCGUCAUGGUGCUGCUGACUGCCCUGACUGUGCGCCGCUCGGACCCGUCCUUCUCUACCUGCAAGAGCGGCCAGGACCCACUGGACUGGCAGGUGUCCAUGCUGCUGAUGGCCGGCCUGUGCACCCUCUUCAGCUGCUGCUUGGUGCUCUUUUUCCACACCCCCUACCGGCGCAUGCAGGCUGAGGCCAGUGUGAGCCCCUCCAUCCAGGAGUGUGAGUGCCCAGUGGCCACUGAGGACCACACAUCCUCCCAGCAGACCCUCCCCAAGGCCCCACCCACUGAUGCUAUGGGAAGCCCAGGGGCUACUUAUUCCUAGAGACUCUCCUGGACUUGCAGGGACAUCACAGGGGCCCUGCCAGGCCCAGGGACUGAGAAGCCAGCCUGAGGCGUGGAGGGAGUUGGGAGAGGCAGGCUGUGGUCACCUGGGCUGUGACAGCCACUGCUGAGCCUGGGCAGAAAGUCAGUAUCCUACAGAUGCCACAGGGACUGUAGCGAGCACAGCAAGAUGUCCCGGUGGCUAUGCCAGACCAAGGGUGGCUGGUGCAAGGGCAGAGUAUGGUGGACAUGGCUGAUGGGGAGAUGGAUGGGUUGGGGGUCCUGAGGGCUCCCAGAUAUCAGAGUUUAGAAUGCACAGGUGUGGGGAGAGCCUUCCUUGAAGGAGCCCAUCCCAGAGCCUGUCUCAGCCUCGAGUCACCAAGUGACCAAACACCCAGCCUGGUGCUGACAGGUGGGCCAGGUUGGGCUUGGGGGGAGCAGACGGAGGGCCCCACAGGCAGUGUCCCUCCUGCCCCAGGUGGACACGUCUCCCUUCUCACAGACACUUGCAGGCGGGUUUGUGGGUUCAGGUUUAUUGAACUGGCCACAGCCUGGGUGGGGGUGGGGAUGGGGGGCAUCCCUCACUCCUCCUUCUCCUCCCCGUGGGUGAGCACAUAGCUCAGCGCCUUGUAGUCCAAGUUGCCUGUAGCGUCGAUGGUUGCAAACUGCAUCGUCUGGUCGACCUGCACACAGGGUGGUGGGGGGUUCAGGCCCAGGCAGGAGAGGAAGAGCGAAAGGGUUCCUAAGGGCUGCAGCCCAAGGGUAAAUUACAGGCCCUGAACUCCA